AUGUCGGCCGCCGCUCCCUCUACUGAUCCGGUUCAAAACGCAUCUUCAGGGAAGAAGAAGGGCGGCAAGAAGAAGAAGAUUGCAAACAAGCCCAAGGAACCUAUAGAGACGGACAGCGCAGACCCUCAGCCAGACAAUGCUGAGGAUGGCGAUGAUGAACCGGAAACCCCGGUGCAGGCCUCUGCACCCAUAGAAGAAGCCGGCGCCGACGAGCCAACGGAGAAAGACACAACAUCCAAUGGCCACACCGAGCGACCGACCAGCAAUGGACAUGCGAACCCACCGAUAGACAAGCCGGCCCCAGAACAGCAGGCCGCCGGCCCCGAUGCCACGGCAAAGCUGGACGCCCUAACAAAAGAACGAGAGGCGCUGCGCUCAGAGGUCGAACAACUGCGGAAGCAACUAGAAACCAUCCAGGAGACACAUAGCGAGACCGUCACGCAGCUCAAGUCGGAACUGGAGGAGACCUCGACGGCCAAGGAGCAGGCGGAGGAGAGCUACCAGGCCCUCCUCGAGCGCGUCAACCACCUCAAGUCGACGCUCGGCGAGCGACUCAAGCGCGACCGCGCCGAGCUGGAAGAGGCCAAGGAGCGCAUCGAAGAGCUCGAAUCCCAGAACGAAGAGCUGCAGAAUGACGCGAAGGCGUCCGAGGAGGAGGUGGCCAAGCUCAAGGAGGAGCUCCAGGACACCUCGCGGGAGGCGACGAGCCUGCGCAGCCGCAGCAACCUGUCCCAGCAGAACUGGGUCAAGGAGCGCGAGGAGCUGACGAGGCUCGUCGCCAGCCUCAAGGAGGAGGUGGAGACGACAACGAACGCCAUGGGCGAGUGGGAGGUCAUCGCCAUGGAGGAGCGCUCCGUCAAGGAGAGCCUGGCCGAGAAGGUAUCGGAGUUGGAGGAGCAGGUUGCCAACCUCCGGGACGGCUACGAGAGCGCCGCGUCCGAACGGGAUCAACACUCGCAGGUCAUCGACAGCCUGCAAAAAGCCCUGCGCGAGAUCCAGGACGCGCGCAAGAGGGAGCUGCGGGAGAUGGUCGAGACGUCGGAGGAGCAGCUCCAGGCGAUGAAGAAGCUCGUGCAGGAAGCGGAUUCCCGAGCCACCGAGGCCGAGGCGGCCAAGGAGAACCUCACCAAGGAGCUCGAGAGGACGGCGCCGUUUGAGAAGGAGGUCAAGGAGAAGAACCUCCUGAUUGGCAAGCUGCGGCACGAGGCGAUUGUGCUCAACGACCAUCUGACUAAGGCCCUCCGAUACCUGAAGAAGACGAAACCCGAGGACAACGUCGACAGACAAGUCGUGACGAACCACCUCCUGCAUUUCCUCAUGCUGGACCGCUCCGACCCCAAGCGCUUCCAGAUCCUGCAAGUCAUGGCCGGCUACCUCAACUGGACCGACGAGCAGCGCGAGCAGGCCGGCCUGGCCCGCCCCGGCACUUCCAACAACAACCUGCGCCUCCCGGCCUCUCCCUUCCACCGCACGCCCAGCACGCCGUCGCUGAGCGCCGACUUCUUCUCCGAGACGCCCACGUCGGCCAACAAGGAGUCUCUCGCAGACCUGUGGGCGGGCUUCCUCGAGCGCAGCGCCGAGGAGGGGCUCGACCAGGCUGGCGGCGGCCCGCCGCGCGACCGCAAGGACAGCGGCAGCAGCGCGGCGACGGGUCCGACGAGGCCCGACACCCGGGGCGGCGCAUAG